UUGGGCCGGAAGCCAAUGAGGAAUCUGGCGAUGGAGAAGCAGCGAUCAUUUAUUUGAGGAUGUAGGACGGGUCUGAAGGAAAAUGGGGCUGUAUCAGAGGUGGCGGCGGCUUCGGAUCCCAGGGUUACAAGCCUGCGGGCUGCACACGGCAGCUGUGCCGACCCCUCCACACUGGUUGGUAGAGCGGCUUGGCCUUUUUGAGGAGCUAUGGACUGCUCAGGUAAAGAGGUUAGCAAGCAUGGCACAGAAGGAACACCGGACUAUUAAGAUAUCACUUCCUGGAGGCCAGAAAGUGGAUGCUGUGGCAUGGAACACAACCCCUUACCAACUAGCCCAGCAGAUCAGUUCUAAACUGGCAGAUACUGCAGUGGCUGCUCAAGUGAAUGGAGAACCUUAUGAUCUGGAGCGGCCCUUAGAGACAGAUUCUGACCUCAGAUUUCUGACAUUCGAUUCUGCAGAGGGGAAAGCAGUAUUCUGGCACUCCAGUACCCAUGUCCUGGGGGCAGCAGCUGAACAACUUCUAGGUGCUGUCCUCUGCCAAGGUCCAAGCACAGGAUGUGGCUUUUACCAUGAUUUCUUCCUUGGAAAGGAACGGACAAUCAAGGGCUCAGAGCUGCCUGUUUUGGAACGGAUUUGUCAGGAACUUGCAGCUGCUGCUCAACCCUUCCGGAGACUAGAGGCUUCCCAGGAUCAGCUUCGGCAGCUCUUCAAGGAUAACCCCUUUAAGCUUCACCUGAUCGAGGAGAAAGUGACAGGUCCAACGGCAACAGUAUAUGGGUGUGGUAUGUUGGUUGAUCUGUGCAGAGGCCCCCACCUUCGGCAUACUGGACAGAUUGGAGGCCUGAAGCUGCUAACGAACUCAUCAUCCUUAUGGAGGUUUUCCGGCGCCCCAGAGACACUGCAGAGAGUGUCAGGGAUUUCCUUCCCCACUGCAGAGGAGCUGAGGGCCUGGGAAGAGUGGAGGGAGGAAGCAGAGUUACGGGACCACCGGCGCAUUGGGAAGGAACAGGAGCUCUUCUUCUUCCAUGAACUGAGCCCCGGGAGCUGCUUCUUCCUGCCUCGAGGGACAAGGGUGUAUAAUGUACUCGUGGCUUUUAUCAGGGCCGAGUACACCCGCCGUGGUUUCUCGGAAGUGAAAACCCCCACGCUGUUUUCUACGAAACUCUGGGAACUGUCAGGGCACUGGGAGCAUUACCGGGAAGACAUGUUUGCCCUGCAGCCCCCAGGCUCUGACAGCCAUGCCGGCUCCCAGAGUGACCACUCUACCAGCCAUCCCGCAGACACGCUCGCCCUCAAGCCCAUGAACUGCCCUGCGCACUGCCUGAUGUUCGCCCACCGGCCCAGAUCCUGGCGAGAGCUGCCCCUGCGACUGGCCGACUUCGGGGCCUUGCACCGGGCCGAGGCCUCUGGCAGUCUUGGGGGACUGACCCGGCUGCGGCGCUUCCAGCAGGAUGACGCUCACAUCUUCUGUGCACCGGAUCAGCUGGAAGCAGAGAUCCGAGGCUGUCUUGAUUUCCUCCGCUCUGUCUACACUGUCCUUGGGUUCUCUUUCCGCCUGGCACUGUCUACCCGGCCAUCUGGCUUCCUGGGAGAGCCUUGCCUUUGGGACCAGGCUGAGCAGGUCCUUCAACAGGCCCUAGAAGAAUUUGGAGAACCCUGGGACCUUAACCCUGGAGAUGGUGCCUUCUAUGGGCCUAAGAUUGACGUGCACCUCCGCGAUGCCCUGGGUCGGCCCCAUCAGUGUGGGACAAUCCAGCUUGACUUCCAACUGCCCCUGAGAUUUGACCUCCAGUACAAGGGGCAGGCGGGGGCCCUGGAGCGUCCAGUCCUCAUUCAUCGAGCAGUGCUAGGUUCUGUGGAAAGGAUGUUGGGAGUGCUGGCGGAAAGCUGCGGGGGAAAAUGGCCACUAUGGCUGUCACCAUUCCAGGUGGUGGUCAUACCUGUGGGGACUGAGCAAGAGGAAUAUGCCAGGGAGGCACAGCGGAGCCUGCGAGCUGCAGGACUGGUUGGCGACCUGGACGCUGACUCCGGACUGACCCUCGGCCGGAGGAUCCGCCGGGCUCAGCUUGCCCACUACAAUUUUCAGUUCGUGGUUGGCCAGAAAGAGCAGAGUAAGAGAACAGUGAACAUUCGGACUCGAGAUAAUCGUCGACUUGGGGAACGGGACUUGGCCGAGGCUGUACAGCGGCUACUGGAGCUACAGAACACCAGGGUCCCAAAUGCUGAAGAAAUUUUCUGAGCUUUUGUGUAUAGAUGUGGCAAAGACCUGUAGGAGCUAUCAGGCCCCCUUAACACGGAGGGGCCCAACCUAACUGACAAUAGUCUGAAGUUCCCCAGACCCCUCAGAACUCGUGUGGAGGCAUAAUCUGCUGUCAUGGAAAGAGAUUUGGUCUGGGGGAAGCUGUAGCUGUUUGGAUGUGAGGAUAGUGAAACUAAAAAUAAUAAACUUGAAACUACUGGGAA